GCCCAAUCUGACCUGUGUUUCUUGCCGUUGCCUCUGUUGCUAACAUGAGGCACUGAGGGUGAUGAUGAAGCAUCGAGGAAGAGUUGAGAUUUGAGAGCAAAUAUGGAAGAUUGUGUUGAAAGGAACAAGAAGCAUGAUUCAUGCUCCUCUAUCGUGUUCGGUGAACCCCAGGAAACAUGCCAAGGAAGAGGACAAAAAUUGAUAACGAGCGUCUGCAAAUGGGGCAUGGCUCAAAUUAUGUUCAAUUAAAAUAUAACCUUGAAUACAGUCCAGUCCAUCUGAGCACAAUUAUUGGGGUCUUGAAAAGUCAAAGUAGCUCUUUUGGCAUAUAACAGUGUCAUCUUUUUCGGUGGGCAAACAGAAAAACCAAUCUGUUCUCUUCUUCUUUAUUUUGUGUGUGUGUGUGAGAGAGAGAGAGAGAGAGAGAGAGAGAGAUGGGGUGGAAGUCCUUUUGGUUGGAAUUGUUGCCAUUUGCAGCCAUGGUGAUGGUGGAGUGCUUUGAUGUUGGCCUAACAACACUGAGCAAAGCAGCCAUGGCCAGGGGAAUGAGCCACUUUGUCCUUGUUUUCUACUCAAAUGCUGUUGCCACUCUCAUCCUCCUCCCUUCUUCAUUCAUCCUAGAAAGAAGGAAGAGACCCCCUCUCAAUUUCUCUCUGCUCUGCAAAUUCUUCCUGCUCAGCCUUAUUGGGAUUACUGUAAUGCAAAACUGUGUAGCCAUUGGGAUUAAUUACAGCUCUCCGACCCUUGGAUCUGCCAUGAGCAACCUGAUCCCAGCUUUCACUUUCUUGCUCGCUGUUAUCUUCAGGAUGGAGAAGUUAGACUUGGGAACCUCAAGAAGCCAGAUUAAAAUCAUGGGCACCUUGGUUUCAAUUUCAGGAGCCUUGAUAGUAACUUUCUACAAGGGUCCUCCAGUCGGUUCCUUUGAAGUCCAAUCCUCUCCAAUUUCUGCUUCUAACACGUUAGCAACUCAAAGUAAUUGGGUUCUUGGAGGCCUAUUUCUUGCAACUGCUAGUUUAUCUAUCUCAAUAUGGAACACUUCUCAGGCAGCACUUCUUAAAGGAUACCCGUCAGAGCUAACCAUUGUUGCAUUCUAUUGCAUGUUUGGGACCAUUCAAUGCACAGUAGUCACGUUAAUUGCAGAAAGAAAUAACCUAAAUGCUUUGAAGCUAAGGACUAAUAUCGAGCUCAUAGCUGUUAUCUACUCAGCUGUUUUUGGAGGUGUUGUAACAUAUUCCUCACAAACAUGGUGCAUACAUAAGAAAGGACCUGUGUUCGUGGCCAUGUUUAAGCCAGUUAGCAUUGUCAUUGCUGCUUUAUUCAGUGCUGUUUUCCUUGGCGAUACACUCUAUGCUGGCAGUGUAAUAGGAGCGGCUGUGGUUGUGGCGGGGUUCUAUAUGGUGAUGUGGGCGCAAUCCAAAGAACAAGAGAAGGAAUUUGGCAGAGUCGACAUGCUGCCUUCAUCAGCCAAAACCCCGCUUCUGCAGGCUCAACGGGUUUCUUGACGCUUACGGGGCAACAAUUAUCUUCUGUAUCUUCCUCGUAAUUUUUUUUCCUGACAAGCCAACAGACGAUGAACCAUCACAGCGAUUAAUGUUUUAACACUGAUUAGAAGUGUCAACUUUAAUCUAUGGUUUCAGCAGUGGAAAAGAAACACGUGUCAAGAGUCUGGAGAAGAAGGGAAAUGCCAUUUCUGAACAAAACUGGAGGGCCAUGCUGCUUGUGUUAUUGAUGCCCAUUUCUUGUAUAGAUUAGCUGCAAAUCAAACAUCUAUAUAUAUAUCUUAAGAAACAUGUAUAUCAUUGUAAUUUAUGUGUCAACUGAAUAAGCACGAAUCCUAAUGCAAAAUCUUUGUGAUUUUGUUGUCAGAUUUCA